UAUAUGUGUUAAUUUUGUUUAUAUCUCUAUGAGAAACAUCCUCUCCCUCUUCAAACACUGGUUAUAGGUCGUUGUAGCAAUAAAAACGGACAGAACUUUCUCUCGCAACACUUUGGAUGUUCAAUUUCACAUACGUAAGAGCGUUCGUUAUCUGUUACUAUGGACGACUUUUGCAAUCUUUAUAUACUAUACGCAUUUCCAUAAACACAUACAUUAGCACGCGAUUAGUAGUACACGUGCCACUUAGAACAAAUAGCACAUUUAUUAAAAUUAUUUCAAGUCGUAAUCAAAUUGUUCCUUUGUUUCUAACACAAAUAAUUCUUUCUGUUUUAUUUUAUUUGUAAUGGGCAGCUCUUCCCAAUGUUUCUUACUUAAGAUGAUACGCCCGCAAUUUUUUAUAGGAGAGAGAAAAAGACUGACUUGUCGAAUUGACGAUAAUAAAAUCACAGCAAGUCCCUAUCUCGCUCCCACAUAUGUUGCAGUGCGUUGUUUCAGAAACAAUGGUUAGAGAAAACUUGUUCCUUUUUUUUAUUUUUUUAAAUAUUUGUUACGAGAUUCGUUACUUUUAAGGCAAACGCUUGGAGUAUUGUAUCUUUUAUUAAAUAACAUAUUUUUUUGCUGUUAUAUUAUGCAUCUCAAAAAUCAACUUGAUAGCAACACACAUUUCAAACUAACGACGUAGAUACUCCACCAAGCAGCUGCGAACGUUUGAAUAGGCAACGCUGAACGUGAACGAAACCAAGCGCGAACUCUUUUUCUUUUUUCAGCAUAACAAAGUUGUUCGAACACGUAUAUAACGACAAAGUAAAAAAAAAAAAAAAGCUGAUUGUAAGAAAGAACGAGGACACAUAUUAGAUGAGAUUCGUCAUUUCGUUUUUUUUUUUUUCAACAUACACAGCUGUAUAUUGUGUUGUUACUAGUUAUAUGGUGGUUGUUUUUAUAUUGAAUUUUGAGCAGUAUUAAAAGAAAAAAAGCGCGCGCGUAAAACAACAAACGCUCACACACUUUCCUAUAAGUACACACUCUUAUUAAUAUGUAGGUAGAUAGAUACCCUAAAAAAGUUUUUAUCUUUUAUAUUAGUAAAGCAAACGUAGAGUGUACGAGAGAAACUGAAUUAUUUUGUAAACUCGCCAACUAACUAACUACUUGACUCCUAAAGCUUUUUAUCUCUUUUACGUUUUCCGUGCCUCUCUCCUUAAAUUAAAGAUUAUUAAGGGGAAUUUUCAAACAAUGUACAGUUGGCUUUGAAGAGUUAGAGGCGAACAAUGAAAAGCAAAAAAAAAGAUAUAGUGCGAAGAGCUUUUGAUGUAUUUUCCAAACAAAAACCACAUUGAUGAUGAUUUCAUAAUUUGUACUAAACGAGGCCACACGACAAUAAAGCUUUAUUGUCGUGUGCACGAGAGAAUUUAGGUGAACGAGUGUUUUUUUUUUUUUAUUUUAUACAACAAACAUAUAUGUGUAUGCAUCGGUGUAUCUACAUCUUAUCCACAUAUAUACAAUUCCAACAAGUCAAUCUGCAUAUAUACAUAUAAAUAUGGCGUAAGAAAAUUUCCUGUAGAAUGAAGUCAUCACAUUUACACAAAAAAAGAAGCAUUUAAACAUAUUGCCAUUUAACAGAAACAAACUUGUGAAAAUAAUAUAUAUUUAGAAACUCUCCAAAAAAAAAAAAAAAAAAAAUUCAAAGCAAAAUGUAAGUAAAAAUAUUUAAAUUACUCUGUUUGUACCAAAGAGCUAAACACUUUCUUGAAAACACUCAUCGAAAACUUUAUUAUACAUGCGAAAAACAAUUAUUUAUGAAAUGUUAAUAUUGUUGUAAGAUUUAGAUUUCGUUGAUUUAGAAACGAAUUAUUAAUAUUUGAAAAUAUAAUCGAUGAGGCAAAAAAAUGAGGAAAAAGUGAUUGCAUAACGGAUAUACGUACACAAGUGAUGGUGUUCAAACGAACCAUUUAAGUGCUGCUCGUGUAGCCGAAACAGAAAUUGUGAAUCUGUGUCAUUGUGAUAAAAAAAGUUUAUUAUGGAUACGUUAAACGAAGACUGUCUUUUUCAAAUCUUCAGCUAUCUUAAUCUCAAAGAUCAGAUUUCGUUGGAACAAAUUUGUACGCACUUAAGUCAAGCCGUUAAAAGAUAUUGGAUUUGGAAAUAUAAACAUUGCGAAUGUCAUUUUUUAAAACAACCAUUGUCUUCACACGAACUUCAAAUUCUUUUGACGGCUAUAUGUGAGACGGUGGAAAUAAUGGAGUUUCGAUUUUUUAAUAAGCUUCAAUAUGAGACUCUAAAGAAAUUUAGAUAUGUAAAAGCAUGGAAUUUCCGUUUCACCCAACUGUCGCCUUAUUUUAUGAAUGAUAAUGACAUAAAGGAUCUGGCGGAUCUAUUUCCAAACUUGCGUAGUUUCAGUCCUCAUGGAAAUUUCACCGGUGAACACAUAAAAUCAUGGCCUUCGCUAACCGAUCUAUCUCUUAGUUAUUGCUGCAAACUGAACCCGCUUACCUUCGCCGAAAUUAUGGAUAAGCUGAAAUUGGAGAAAUUGCAAUUGAAUAUAUUUCCAAAUUAUAAAGCCACUGAUAUAUUUAACGGGUUAGAUUUGCAAACGUCUUAUGUCGAAAAUUUGACGCAUUUAAAACUGAAUACAUACGAAUUUUAUUAUUUCGUAUGCGAACGUUUGCCAGCUCUGCAACAAUUAAUUUUAACCAAUCGUUAUAAUCCACAACAGAUAUUUGAUGUCUUAUUAUCAAAAUGGAAAUAUUUAGAAAUAAUGGCAUUGGAAACCAGUAAUAUAAACCACAUACUAAUAAAUUGCCUCAACUUAAACAUGAACGUUGAAAAAUUAGUCAUAAUCAAUGACGUCAACGCGUUGCCGCUUAAUGUCAUUGAUAGUCUACAUCAAUUGACCCAGCUGCGUGAACUAAGCUUUAAUGCUUGCGAAUUGGAUGUGUCGGUUAUACAGCGACUAUUGUACAGCGGUUGCUCCCAUCUGGAAUUAAUUAGUAUUGCACUGUGCCAGUUUAACGAGGCGUUUUUGAAGCUCAAUGUCCGCGAUAUUAUUAUCAAUAGAAACAAGAACUUAAGAUUCAAUUUCUAUAGCAAUACAUUAGAAAAUAUAAAUGAUAGUGAGUUACAGACGCGGAACGUAACACUUGAACUAAACGGUACUCAUUCCCUUUUCGAAGUUACGGAUAUGCCAAAUAAUAAAUUACUAUAUGAGCCGUUAUGUGUAACGUUUCAUUCAAAGCAAACAAAUUUAAAGCAAUAAAUACGUUUUUUUUUCACUUAAAUUUUAAAAACGAUUUUCACGCCACACGAUAGAAAAUGGAUUUUAAGUAAUUGCAACCUACAGAUAUACAAAUCGAAAAACAUUUUGUCUAUAUAAAUUCUUCACUUGCAAGCAUGUCUUAAAACUUUCCCUCGAAGUUCUUUCAAUCCGCAUCGUCUAGGAAAUAAGAAACGCGACACGGCAUACCUGCAUUUUGGCCGCAAGUAUAGCAAAUGCCGCUAACAGUGAAGACUUAGCACCUUCCACCAUUCGGACGCACUCUGUGCCUCUCUUCCCAUUUCUUAAAAAUUUUGUCUUUAGUCUUACAUAAGUAACAAUCUAUCCAAUAUGCUAUUACAAUGGGUGUUAAUUUUCCAAGUACUUCUUCUACAACACCGUUAAUUCAUAUUUUGCUAUAUCGAAACCGUGUUAUAUGAACGUUUUUUUAUUUAUUAUUGCUUACACUAAGAUAUAAUUAAGGGGUCGGUUCAAAACCAACCAAAAUGUGAGUAUUGCAGAUACAUUUGGGUCAGAGAUAUUUUCGUCUUAAAAUUUUUCAUAUAUGCACGCAUAAACAUUUAUAUACACAUAAACAUCGUAAUCGAACUGAAAGAUUGUUCUUAAUUUCUAUUUUCAAUUUUUU